AUGGCUGAGAUUCGUGAAGAUUCGGUCAUGGCGGAGUCCGAUUCCCGGGACUGCCCCAUCAAACAAGUCAAUGUAACAGUGCCCAAAACCGAUGAUCCCAACAUGCCGGUGCUUACAUUCAGAAUGUGGGUUUUGGGGAUCACUGCUUGCGUUGUAUUGUCGUUCGUCAACCAGUUUUUCUGGUACAGGACUGAGCCAUUGACGGUUAGUUCAAUCUCUGCUCAGAUUGCUGUCGUGCCGAUUGGGCACUUGAUGGCGAGAACCCUUUCGAAUCGAGUGUUCUUCAGGGGUACGCGCUGGGAGUUUACGAUGAAUCCGGGGCCGUUCAAUGUCAAAGAACAUGUUUUGAUUACAAUAUUUGCCAAUGCUGGUGCUGGAACUGUUUAUGCCACUCAUGUAUUAAGUGCUGUUAAGCUUUAUUACAAGAGGAGGCUCACGUUUAUCCCUGCCUUUCUUGUUAUGAUUACCACCCAGGUUCUAGGAUUUGGUUGGGCAGGGCUUUUCCGGAAAUAUCUGGUUGAGCCAGGAGAGAUGUGGUGGCCAAGUAAUCUGGUUCAAGUCUCAUUAUUCAGGGCUCUACAUGAGAAGGAGAAGAGACCCAAAGGUGGCACGACUCGUACCCAGUUCUUCCUCAUUGCUUUAAUCAGCAGCUUUGCUUACUAUGUCUUCUCUGGCUUUCUUUUUCAAAUGUUAACAACAAUUUCUUGGAUAUGUUGGCUUGCUCCCAAGUCCAUCCUAGUGCAACAACUGGGCUCAGGAUCACAAGGACUCGGGAUUGGCUCCUUAGGAUUUGACUGGUCUACCAUUUCAUCAUACCUGGGCAGUCCUCUAGCCAGCCCAUGGUUUGCCACUGCAAAUGUUGCCAUUGGAUUCUGUGUUGUGAUGUAUGUGAUGACACCUCUCAGUUACUGGAACAAUGUCUACAAUGCCAAGAACUUCCCAUUAUUUUCUGAAGAUCUUUUCACGUUAGAUGGUUCAAACUACAACACUUCAAGCAUCAUCAAUUCCCACUUUCAUCUUGACAAGGCUGCUUAUGCAAAAGCUGGGCCUCUAUAUAUAAGCACCUUCUUUGCUAUGACAUAUGGUAUUGGAUUUGCUACGCUUUCUGCUACUGUCGUCCACGUCCUACUUUUCAAUGGAAGGGAUAUGUGGAAGCAAAGCAGGAGGGCCUUUGAAGUGAAUAAAAAGAUGGAUAUACACACACGGCUUAUGAAGGCAUACAAACAAGUUCCUAUGUGGUGGUUUAUCAUCAUUCUCUUUAUAAACAUCGCUGCUAUCAUGUUCGCUUGUGAGUACUACAAUGACAUACUUCAGUUGCCUUGGUGGGGUGUCUUGCUAGCGUGUGGCAUUGCACUGUUUUUUACCCUUCCAAUUGGUAUUAUCGUUGCCACAACAAACCAGGCACCAGGUCUUAAUAUUAUCACAGAAUACAUUAUUGGGUACAUGUACCCAGGGCGCCCUGUUGCUAACAUGUGCUUUAAGGUGUAUGGAUAUAUCAGCAUGACUCAAGCUCUAACAUUUUUGUCAGACUUCAAGCUUGGUCACUACAUGAAGAUUCCACCCAGAGCGAUGUUCAUAGCUCAGGUGGUGGGGACACUUAUAUCAGUAGUAAUCUACCAGAUAACAGCUUGGUGGCUGAUGGGAGCCAUCCCCAACCUUUGUGAUACUUCUGUGCUGCCAUCUGACAGCCAAUGGAAGUGUCCAAUGGACCAUGUGUUCUAUGAUGCUUCUGUUAUUUGGGGGCUUGUUGGACCUCGUAGAAUCUUCGGAGACCUUGGUGUCUACUCUAAUGUCAACUGGUUCUUUUUAGGUGGAGCCAUUGCUCCUCUACUAGUCUGGUUGGCACACAAAAUAUUUCCACAGAAGCAAUGGAUUGGCCUCAUCCACAUGCCCGUCUUGUUAGGGGCUACAGCAAUGAUGCCUCCUGCUUCCGCUGUCAACUAUACCAGUUGGAUUAUUGUGGGAUUCCUGUCAGGCUUUGUUGUUUUCAGGUAUCGAUCUAAGUGGUGGGAGCGCUACAACUAUGUCCUUUCUGGUGGUCUUGAUGCUGGUACUGCCUUCAUGACUGUGUUAAUGUUCAUUGCCCUGCAAUCAAGGAACGUUGAGCUUAGUUGGUGGGGAAACAGUGGAGAAGGAUGUCCACUGGCUUCGUGUCCAACAGCCCCUGGAAUAUCCGUUGAUGGCUGCCCAGUUUUUAGCUAG